UGAACAUUUCAAGGUGAAAUUAUUUCAGAAAAAUGUCAACCAGCGAACGACAAUCUGAUCUGGACUUCUUGGACAUUCACGAUAGCUACUGAGGGUGCUGACCUGCAGAUAAACCAGCAUUUCUUCCUUCAUCAGUCUGUCCACAAGACGAUAGGCUGGCUUCAUCAGUCCUAUCUCGAGGUACUUUGAAGAUGGCUUCAGAGAAAGGGAGCAAGCUUCUUUUCGAAGUUCUUGGAAAUGUCGAUACCAGCAACGCAGGACCCAGACUCGGACGAAUAGCUAUUCCAGGUAGAAAAGACUUCGAGACCCCGAAUUUCUUUGCUAUCACAUCAAGAGGCGUGACUCCUCAUAUGACACCAGAUGUCGUUGCUGCACAUACACAAUUCGGGGGAGUUCAUAUGGCAUUAGAGGACUUUAUAGAAAAGGCUCGUAAAGGGACACCACCUAUUCUGACAUGUCCUGGCCCUUCAAUCUUGCAUAGAUUUACAGCUCUACCCAGAAGCCUUGUAACACUUCUAGCACCUCGCCGGUCACCAGCAGUCACAGCACCUGUGGGAAAUAGCAAUACCGCUGUUUCGAUCUUCACUUCAACUGGAUUCCAAUCCGUUUCCAGCAAGGCCUAUGUCUCCUAUAUGAAAACCCUUCGUCCAGAUAUAGCUAUCAGCUUAGCAGAUGUUCCUUAUGGAUCUCUACCCGGUACGAAAAGAGUUGCAAAAAUGGGCGAUAGAACCCAACUAUGGCUCUCAGAAUUGGUCAACGAGAUGCCAGAAGAGCAAGCAGUCUUCGCUCCAAUACUACCGAUAGACUUCCUCGACCAGUCAGAAUACAUCAACUACGUCGCCGACGAAUUAGCAGACACGGUAUCUGGCCUCGCAUUCUACGACUCAAAUGUCCUCCCUGACAUCCCAGCCACAACAACCAUCGUCAAACUUCCACGCCUCUCACUAGAUGAGCCCUCAUCUCCAGCUCACAUACUCCGACAGAUAUCUCUAGGCAUGGACAUUUUCACCAUCCCAUUCAUAGGCUUUGCUACAGACGCCGGCAUCGCCCUCACCUUCCGCUUCCCCCGUCCUCUCCCAUCAGCAGAAACCCAAACCACAAACGGCACCACCCUCCUCCCCCUCGGAAUUGACAUGUGGCCCUCCUCCCACGCUCAUUCACUCACACCCCUCUCCCCAUCCUGCACCUGCUACACCUGCACCUCGCACCACAAAGCCUACAUCCAACACUUGUUAUCGGCCAAAGAAAUGCUCGGCUGGACACUAAUACAAAUCCACAACCACCACAUAAUAUCGACCUUCUUCUCUUCGGUUCGAGAAAGUAUCAAGAACGGGGCUUUUGAGAGGGAUUGUGAGGAGUUUGCUAGGGCGUAUGAGAGUGAGUUGCCGGAGAAGAGUGGGCAGGGACCGAGGGUUAGGGGGUAUCAUUUUAAGAGCGAGGGGCCCGGGGAGGAGAAGAAGAAUAGGGCUGCGUGGGGGAAUUUAGGGGGUGAAAAGCAAGUUGGUGGGGAGUUAGUUCCUGAUGAGGGAGCGGAUGAGUUGGAGGGGAAGGGGUUUGCUGAGAAGAUAGAAGCUUGAUGGUAUGUUUAUAGACUGGGAUAGAAAUAG